AUGGUAGAUGUAGUUGAAUUUAAUACAAAUGAAGGGAAAGGGAACAACGAACCUACUAAAUUAAAUAAUGUUAAAACAAUAAGUAAUAGUAAAUUGUCAGUUCAGCCACCAAAUGAUAAUUUUUCUAAUGAACCAGAAACAGAACUAAGUCACACAGAGAAAGAAGCUCAAGAAAUUUAUGAAAAAGCUAUGAAAAUGUUAAGUGCCACCAAGCCAAAAAAAUCUGAAGCUUUCAGUUUACUAAGCAAAGCAGCAUCUAUGAAUCAUCAGCAGUCUCGAAUAGCAGUUGCUUGGGCUCAAUUACUCGGCACUCCCUUACCUAGAAAUACUGUAUCUGCUAAAAACACUUUUGAAGAAUUAGCCCAACAAGGUGUACCUGAUGCUCAUAUGGGAAUGGGAUUUUUGUAUGCAACAGGUAUUGGUCUAAAUGUUUCUCAAGCCAGGGCACUGGUUCAUUAUACUUUUGGAGCUUUGGGAGGCAGUGUUUGGGCUCGAAUGGCUUUAGGAUAUAGGUAUUGGUCUGGUACUACUGUCCCAGCAAAUUGUGAAAAAGCUUUAGAUUUUUACAGAAAAGUUGCUAACAAAGUGGCUGGAGAAGUUUCUUUAUCGGGAGGAACCGCUGUUCAAAGGGUACGACUUUUGGAAGAAAUUGAAAAUCCAGGUUUUAAUUCUGGGAUUUUAGAUAAUGAUCUUAUUGAAUAUUAUCAACUUUUGGCUGAAAAAGGAGACAUUCAGGCCCAAUUGGGUUUAGGACAAUUGCAUUAUCAAGGUGGAAGGGGUGUGUUACAGGAUCAUCAUAGGGCUUUGCAUUAUUUUUUACAAGCAGCUGACGCUGGUAAUCCCAUAGCCAUGGCAUUUUUGGGAAAGGCAAGAAGUGAUAUUGUUAAACAAGAUAAUGAAACUGCAUAUAAAUAUUUUAAAAAAGCGGCGGAUUUAGGCAAUCCAGUUGGUCAAAGUGGAUUAGGUUUAAUGUAUUUAUAUGGAAAGGGUAUUAAAAAAGAUUAUAACAAAGCUUUGAAAUAUUUUUCUCAAGCAGCAGAACAAGGUUGGGUCGAUGGACAACUUCAGCUGGGAAACAUGUAUUUCAGUGGACUUGGAGUUCGUCGGGAUUAUAAACUUGCCAAUAAAUAUUUCACAUUAGCUUCUCAAUCGGGACAUGUUUUGGCAUUUUAUAAUUUGGCACAAAUGCAUGCAACCGGAACAGGAUUAAUAAGAUCAUGUCCCACCGCUGUUGAACUUUAUAAAAACGUUGCCGAAAGAGGGAAAUGGGGAGAAAAACUCAUGGAAGCUCAUUCGCUUUACAGGGAUGAAGAUUACGACGAGGCUUUUAUGAUAUAUGCCUUAUUAUCCGAAUUAGGAUAUGAAGUGGCUCAAAGUAACGCCGCUUUUCUUUUGGACCGAGACCAAACAUUAGGACCGAAUUGGGAUAUAUAUCUCAUAACAACACUGGUUGGAAUAUUAGGACUCAUUAUUUAUUUCAGACGUCCUCAACCACAUUGA